UAUUUAAUUUUGCAAAUAUGUUGGGGCGAACGAUAGUUAUUGCUGCUUUGUUUUGGAAGUAUGCAUCAUCUUACAACAUAGAAACUACAAAGACGUUCUCUUUGUAUAUGAGAGAUGGCGGUGCCAGCAGUAGGACGACUGAAAAGGAACCUGCUUAUGCUGGCUACACGUUCAACGUUAGGUUAGAAGAUGAAAAUGUGAGAAUACUCGUUGGACAACCCCGUGCAGGUGUAGUUAAUCAAGCUAUAUCACCAGGAGCAAUUUUUCUUUGCAACUUCACGUACGUUGGCGAGCCUUUAGCAACGACGAGUCUAAUGGCGGCUACUGAAUCUAUAACAACGUAUGGUUCCAGCGAGUUCACAACAACAACAUUUGAAACAAUGGGAAUGACGACAGUUGGCACGGAACUUACAACAGGGGUGCCAGAUUUUUUAUCGCCAACCUGCACCAAAUUAACAAUUUUUGACAGCACGGAUCGAACUCAGAUUGGACAAGAUCACAAAAUUCAAGCUGAUGCACUCGGUCUCUCGAUUGAAAAAUUGAAAAACAGCUCGGAUUAUGUGGUCUGCACUCCUCUUCGGCAGAAAAAAUGUCCAGGAUCGGGUCGCACACCUGGUGCUUGCUAUGUUGGAAACGAACAUGGUAAUUGGGAAUUCAAAGUUUGGAAUGAAUCAAAAUGCUUCGAUAAAACAAUUGAAAUUAUUUUUGUCGUGGAUGGAUCUCGUAGCAUCGGUGUAUCAAAUUUCGAGCUCGUGAAGCAAUGGUUGAUAAAUGUAACAGCUAGUUUAAUAAAUGAUUUCGGAGACGCGGUUCGAACGGAAGUUUUACAGUUUUCUAAUGGAGAUAAACCGUGGAGUCCUGUCCCAAUUGAAGAAUCCAAGAAAUUUGUUAUUCCUUACGCUUUACAGGAUAAAGUUAAUAUUGAAAAAAUAACUGAGCUCAUUACUGAUAUGCCAUAUCUAAACUCUUCCACGUACACAUACUAUGCACUGCAAAGAACAAUGGAGGUGGAAUUCUCAAAAUCCGGAUACUAUGACACGUCUGUGAAAAUGGUCGUGGUUCUCACCGAUGGAGAAGCGAAUGAUGGGGCUUCCCUCGGGGGAUGGCAUGAUAAAUAUAAACACAUGAUAACGCCGUUUGCUGUUGGAGUGGGAAAUUAUGAAAAUUUUUUGAAUCAACUGCAAAAUAUUGCUAACGGAGGGACUGGAAAUGAAAGAGUUCUGACAGUUGCCGACUUUGGUGCCUUACAGGGCAUUAUUAAAGAUUUAACAUCAGUCAUAAAGAGCGAAGCAUUAGAGGGUCGCAAGGGAAUCAGCGAAAUAGGAAAAGACAUUGACAAUGCACAAGUCGGUGCAUCGAUAGCAUCAAGUAUGCACGGAUCUUUAUAUAUUGGUGGAGUUGGAAUGUAUCAAGGGAUUGGCACCAUCAUGAAGUAUGGAAAAUCUACCGAUAAAGAUUCAUAUAUCUCACCUUACUCCAACGUUGAAAACGUUUUGAAGAAUUCUACCGAAGAUACUCCAUAUUUAGGAUACGCCACUGUCACGGGAUUUUUUGACGGAAUCAAUUCGACAGAAUACGUAGCAACUGGGGCACCAAGAUACAAGCUAGAAGGAGCUGUUAUCGUGUACGAGUCUGUUCCAGGAAGCACUGAUUGGAAAGAUGCCGUUACGAUACUACCCCCGCCAGUCGAUAAAAUGCAUACUGGUUGUUAUUUCGGUGGAGUUUUGUUGACUGUUGACGUGAAUGGUGACGACAAAGAUGACUUGUUGGUUGGCUCACCUUUAUACAUUGAUCAAAAUUACGACGAAGGCAGAGUUUUUGUUUAUAUUAGUCAGAAAGCCAGUUCCUCAUCGAGCUGGGCUUCUGGGUCUUAUAUUCCCACCGAGCUUUACGGUGACAAUUUGCCUGGUGGACGGUUCGGAACAGCAAUGACCAACGCCGGAGACUUGAAUUUGGAUGGGUAUAACGACGUUAUUAUCGGUGCUCCGUUUGCUGAAGAUGGCCGAGGCGCGGUUUUUGUGUAUCAUGGUACAGAGAAGGGAUUGCGAGCAACGUAUAGUCAGAAAAUUCUUGCAUCAUCUCUAUUUGAUCCUACAAUAAAAUAUUUUGGACAAUCCAUGCAAGGAAAUAUUGAUAUUGAUAAAAAUUCAUAUCCGGAUAUAUUUGUUGGAGCACCAAAAAGUGAUUCUAUUGUUCUUUUGAGAUCUCGGCCAAUAGUAAAUAUUUGGGCAACAAUACACUUUCAAACAACAAAGCUCGAUAUUAUCAACUGCAUCAGGAAUAACUACAAAAACUGCUCUUCGAUUGAAGUCUGUUUCACGGUAAACGGUACCUCAAUCGAGUCGGAAAUAGGUAUUGAAUACAACUUGACGCUUGAUAUCGCGAAAACUACGGAGAGCGAAAAGAGACUUGAAUUCGGAUCAACCUCGUACAGUUCUGGUACAGGAACUACAAAAUUAACGAAAAAUACUACACUGCCUGUCGGGGAAACCAAGUGCUUUGUGCAUGCAUUCGAUAUGAGAAAAAAUAUCAGCGACUACGAAUCUACCCUCGUUGCUGAGAUUGAGUAUGAUCUACUUUCUUCUCAUGUUGCCACAUCAAUGUCUUCUGUUAAAGAUCCAUUACGGACCUAUGAAAAGUCAUCAGGAAUGGGAUUUCUGAAGCAAUGCGGCGAAGAAGAUAUCUGCAAUCAUGAUUUAAGAGUUGGAGUAGAAAUGAAUCUACCAUCAUUUCAUAUAGAUGGCAAAGAUUACUCUGAAAAUGGUCAAAUCCUUAUAAUUGAUUCUUCAACCACUUCACAAGCAAUCAUCGUUCGUGUGAACUUUACAAACGUGGGGGAGAAUGCAUUCGGCACAAAACUGAAUGUGUCUUAUUCUUCGAAAAUUAGUUUGAGUACGAUUUUCAACUCCAUAUCAUACCCGGAACUGCCAUCAUGUGUUGUAGAAUAUGGUAUUCCACUUCAUGCUGAAGAUGGUUUUACGACAAAAACAUUCAAAUAUAAUUCGCAGGAAAACAUCAUGAUUCCUGAAGCUUGGUGUUAUUUCGAGUUCAACAUAAUCGCUUCUAGUUUAAAAAGAACUGGAAAUAUGGACGCGUUUAUAAUUAACAUAACGACUUAUGCAAGCUUGAAUUCGUCGACGGAAAACAACACUUUAGACAACAGUUGGGAAAAAUCGCCUGCCAUCAAGUACAGAUCAGAUUUCAAUUUAAGGAGAGAAAGCAGCAAUCCUGAAAUAUCAUUCAACUAUACGACAACGACUAAAAACAUAACUACUGUAGAUGAGAUAUCAGAAGGAAUUUCAGUCAUCGAAAUGGCUUUCAGAAUUACCGGUGCUGGUUACAGCAACAUUCCAUCAUCGCAAAUAUCACUAACCUGGCCGUCGAAAUAUGCUGGCGCACCUCUUCUUUAUUUAUAUCAGGUUUCGUGUAACUCUGAAUUUGCAGCUGGAGUCGACAAUCCAACAACUUGCAUUUGUGAACAGUCUAAUAUCAAUUCAUACGAUCUCGUCAUGGAUACAGAAACUGACAACUCAACAAAAGGAUACGCCACCUUAUCUCCACCGGAUGUUGCGAUCAAUGUUUCAGAAAUGAACUGCAAAGAUUUUGAACCAGGUCACUCCUGCGAUUCCUUGAUUUGUAACGUUGCAAAUAUUGGAGAAUCGGACAAAAUCAAUUUCUACGCGAAAUUCAGACUUUGGUCGUCAAGUAUUACGUUUGAAGGAACAAAUCAGACUCAAGUUGAUCUGCAGACUUUAUUUGAGAUUUCAACUACUGGUUCACCUCUUAUAAUAAAUAGCGAAGGAAGAAACGUUACCAUCAAGACAGAAAAGAUAACGACAGUAGUCAAGAAAUACAUUGCUAUCGAAAUACCGGAACAACAAAACGUCAUAUGGUAUUAUAUUGUUGCUGCAGCUGGGGGAGUUCUGCUACUCAUCCUUAUUGUUCUUCUGCUAUGGAAGUGCGGAUUCUUCAGAAGCAAAUACGCUGAAAAGCAGAAAACAGAGGAAGAUAAACUCGCCGAUGAAACAGAUUUUCCGGAUGUGGACGCUGGCAAAGAGUUUACUAUGGGGUCCAAUUUUAAUGGAGUAAACGGCAGUGGGUUGAAUUCCCCUGAUUCUGCAGCAUAUGAGAAUCAAAACUUCAAUGAUGCAACGCUGUCUGUAGAUCCGAGUCCUCGAAAGUAGUCACCGUUGGACCAAGUUUCGAUUGGGAGCAAAAAAGCAUGAGUUAGGUUCGCUCAUGAAUAAUAUGUUGUUGAUAGGCAAAAUGUGUUCUCAAAAAUAAUAUUUUCUCUCGGUUUCAGCAUUCAAAUUGGGAAUUUCACGUUAAGUUCAAACGGAUACUUAUAUAAAUGUCUGGUAUUAAUUUAUACUUACUAGAAAAGCUAUCAAAUUGAAGAAUCUUCAAUUUAAUAGUUGUAUGAUUUAAUUCAUACCACCGGUUUUUGUACUUCAAUUCCUCAUAAAAUACGUAUCUUCCGUUCACAAAUAUCACUAUUUCAUUUUGUGUGAUAACGCAAUCACUUGCCAUUAACCACUGUACUUUGUACGUCUAUCAAUUUUUGUUUAAUAUCUUUAGUAUAUGAUCUAUCGUACUCUGUUUUUCAUUUCACGCUUUAUUUGGCUAAUGAUAACGAUUGUUUAAAUUUCGUUGGGCGUUACCAGUAAAUAAUAUAUAUGCAUAUAAUCAAAUACGUGGUUAUAUGAAUUUUCCUUAUUAAUUUAUUAUAUAUACUUGCCUUAUACUUUCAUGCUUCUUUAAAGCUCAUACUUAAAAGUGCAAACACAAUUCAACUGCAUGGUAUUGAAAGAUCAAGACGUAUUAUACGACGAUAUAUUCACUGUCUUUAUAUUCGUUUAUACAUUUUUUUGUUUGUGACAUAUUGCGAAUCGUUUUUCAAUAUUCAAAAUCCUCUAUUCCGAGAUGUACUUCGAGCUAAAUCCUUUUUUAACUGAACCCCUACUUGGUCCAAGAAGAUCAAGCCGUAGUAUAUUAUGACUGUCUUUACAUUCGUUUAUAUUUUUGUUUGUAACAUAUUGCAAAUCGUUUCACUAUAUUCAAACAUCCUCUAAUCCUAAUUAGUCCUUUCUACUUCUGUAUUAUGAAAUAUAUAAAUAAUACUACAAACUCAAUUUUGCUUGUAAUUAACGAAGUGUACCAUGAAAGGCUAUCUGGGACUGAGAGCUGCUAAAAUUACAUUUGUUACGCCACGGUAGACAUCUUGCUGAU